AUGCAAUUCAAGAACAUUGUCGUUUUGGCUUUGGCCGGUGCUGUUAUGGGCCAAUCCUCUGUUGAAUCCAUCCUCUCAGAUGCGACCGCCAGUGCUGGAACUCUUCUCAGCUCGGCCACUGAUUCCGCAUCAAGUGCAGCCAUGACAUCUGCCUCUUCCGCCUCUUCCGCUUCAGAGUCCUCUGCUUCCCUCGCAUCUGGUCUCUCAUCUACCCUCUCUUCCGUCUCAUCUUCUCUCUCUUCCGUUGUCUCCUCUGCCGAAUCUUCCAUCAACUCUGCUCAAGCUUCAGCUGAAUCUUCUCUCUCGGCCGCUCAAUCUUCCGCAGCAACUCUUACCGGCUCGGCCGCUUCCUCUGCUUCAUCUUCUCUCGCAUCUGUCUCCAGCUCUCUUGCAUCCAGCUUGAGCUCUAAGACUUCCUCUUUGUCCUCUUCUGCCAGUAGCCGUGCUACUUCUGCUGGUUCAGUUGUUACCACCACCAACUCUGCUGGUGAAACUGUCACCUCUACUUCCACUGCUGGAGCUGCUAUCCAAACUGGUGCUAUGGGAGCCGCUGCUCUCUUUGGUGGUGCCGCCAUCUUUGCUGCUGCUUUGUAA